AUGUGGCUGUUGGAUGUUUUACGUUUCCUUCUGGCAGUAUAUUAUGCGUCGGCGCAUACCAAGCCUGUUAUUACACCGUCCGGUGUGGUUCCAGUUGUACAAGGGAGUAACCUGACUCUUACCUGUUUCUAUGAAAGCAACGUGACAACUUUUAAUUACCAGUGGUGUUCUAAGAAUCGAGCACCUGCAUACUCUUGUUUAAGAGCGAUUGGCCAGGACGAGUGUGUCAACGUUUAUGCAGACGGAUCACUUUAUGGAAUUCAAUGUCUUGGCAACAAUGUGUUAAACCUGACUAUCUACAACGUUCAGAAUGCUGAUGACGGGGUAUAUUGGAAGUGUAAUCACGAAGUUGGCAAAUCAUCCACAAUUAGCGAGCCUAUACAGUUUGACGUGCAAGACGGUAUCAACAACGUAAUUCUGUCCCCUUCUACUACGUUGUACAGGGUGAUAGAGGGAAAUCAACUAGAGGCUAUAAUCUGUUCAGCCAGAUGUAAUCCGGCCUGUUCGUACACAUGGUCCACAUCAGGAAAAACGGUCAGUGCUACAGGUACACUGGACCUCGGUCAGGCGGAGAGAAGGGAGGCAGGAACCUACAUGUGUAAGGUUCAGAACACGAUUUCACGUUUUUCAAAAAAUGGACCAGUCGUGAGCCUCGAUGUCAUAUACGGACCCUCUUCCCUUAAGCUGAUUCCAAGCACACUACGCCAUAUUAAGAAUGAAGGUAACACACUUGGUGGAAUAACUUGUUCUACUUAUUGCUUCCCUGAAUGCAAUAUUCUCUGGCAAAGAACUAGCGGGGGAUUAUCAGAUGUCGUCAGUAAUAACGCCUUCUUGUCCAUUGGAAAACUCGACAGAAUGAAGAGAGGUACAUACAGAUGCGAGGCCAUCAAUCCUGACACACGAUCAAAGACUACAAAAACGGUUACUGUCGACGUCAGAUAUGGCCCAGACGAUGUGACACUAAACGUAACCAAUAUCCAUACAGUAACGGAAGGAGACACCGUCAAUGAUAUUUAUUGUUCCGCGGAUUGCUGGCCGGGAUGUGUAUUUACCUGGUCUAGCAUGACAACAAGAAGGCAAGUGAGCUCUACCGCGGUUCUUAACUUUCGGAGAGCGCAUCGAUACGACGCCGGUGAUUACAAGUGCUUGGCCAGAAACCCUGCACAUCAGUUCUCUAGAGAGGCAGAAAUACACUUCACCCUUAUUGUUCAGUAUUCACCUGACGUUUUAAUAAGCGAGUCCUCAGCUUUAUUACACGAAAACACCCCUCUUGAUCUUCUGUGCAAGGCAGCAUGUAUACCAGCUGUGUACAAGUACACAGGUUUUCUGCAGCGGGUUCAUGAUAUCGUGAUAUCAUAUCUGUGA